AUGUUCAAAUGUGUUUCCUCUACAGGCUGCACCACAGCAGUCAACGUGGUCUGCCCUUACCCACGGUACGUUGUCAUAUUAUUCCAGCCGGUCACACUCCGCUGUGAUUUCUCUACCACGGGUAAAAGCCAACCACUGAUCAGCUGGAAAUACAAGUCCUACUGCAGAGACCCGAUACAAGCUGCAUUAAACCCCAGUAGUGUUGACAAUGCCAUCGCUCAGUCCAACCCAAACUACAACCCAAACUACAACCCCAACAUAGAGUGUUCAGACAGUGUCAGGACCGUUCACAUAUUAGCUUCAAAACAAAUGGCGGUCACACUUGGGAGCGCGUACCAGGGCCGUCAGAUCAGCAUCACAAAUAAUGCAGAUCUUAACAUUGCUCAGACCGCGUGGGGUGACAGUGGAGUGUACGUCUGUAGUGUUGUUUCGUCCCAGGACCUUUCAGGGAAUGGCGAGUGUUUUACAGAACUCAUUGUGCUUGAGAGAAAGUCAAAUACUACAGACCUGCUGCCUGGCAUUGAUUUACUGGUCAUGGAAGACUGGUCGUUAGUGAUGUUGGUGGUCCUGGGAUUCCUCCUGUUGUUGCUCCUGAUUGGUAUCUGCUGGUGUCAGUGUUGCCCUCACACCUGCUGCUGUUAUGUUAGCUGCCCCUGCUGCCCGGAGCGCUGCUGCUGUCCCCGCGCAUUGUAUGAGGCUGGUAAAAUGGUAAAGUCUGGCAUCCCCAGUCAGUAUGCACACACCGUCUAUGUCCAAAGCAUGUAUGGCCAGCCAACUAAUGGAGUUGUUGGAGCUGCGCCGGGCGUACCCAUGCUCCCUAUGCAGUUGGGUGUUGCUGGUCCUCCCUUCAAUGGCUAUGGCAAAGACUUUGACAGAGCCAGCUCAGACCGUAGUGGAUACCGUGUUCAGGCCAACCAAGAUGGAAACCCAACUCAGGUGCUUUACUAUAUGGAGCAAGAUCUGGCCAACCUCGACCCCAGUCGCCCAGUGAACACUCCAGGCAAAUACAGUCAUCUGGAUGGUGUGAAUAAGGUGAGCUCUCAGCACAUCCGACGGGAUGAGCCCAGAUGGUUACUUGACUAUCGAGGACGUGAAUACGCCACGGAAAAUUUGGACGAUAACAGCCACAAUUACGGAGAUAGAGAUGACUAUGCGCCUGCAUGCCGAGAUGGCAGAAGAGGUUCGGAUGAUGAGUGGAGCAGCAGUGGACGAGGAUACGACCGUGUCUUUGAUGAUCAUUGGCGCCGUGAUUACUCUCAUGAUGCUCGUCCUCAGCGUAGAGACUCAUCCCAUGGGGCCGGUUUUCAGGGCAGGCGUAGCCAUAGUCGUGAUGAACUGAUGGAUCUGGAGCGUGAUCGUGGUCGUGGAGGCCGGGAUGCAUACGAUGACAGCUUUCUGAGGGAAGCCAUGGAAAAAAAUAAGCUGGGCGAGCAGCAGAGAGGCCGCAGCCGUGAGCGGCUUGAUAGCAAGAGCGACCGUUCUGACCGCUACAGGGGGCCACACAGUGGACCACCACCUCUGCCGCUCAUCCCACCCUCCGGAAACCCUAAUCAUCAUGGAAACCAUAGCAACUUCACACCUCCUCCCCCUCCCUACACUGAGGACAGUGACAGUUUGCCAUCGUCCAAGAAGAGCAACUUAAAAAAGAAUGGAGCUGUGAGCAGGGAGAGUAUGGUGGUGUGACGCACAGGUGGAAAUGUGUUUGUGUGUG